GGUACCGCCGCGCUGGUCUCCUCCUCCACCCGGGGAAAGCGAAUAGGAGAAGGCAAGAGACGGGGGAUCUAGGACCCAGUUCCACAGACCCCGCAAGAAGAACCGCGCGCGCCCCCGCGCUGCCGCACAAAAGGCCCUGCGCGCGCCAGGCACCAGGAGCGGGUCCAGACCCCGCCGCCCUUUUCCUGGCUGCGGUUCCGCGCAGGCUGUUUUUUUUGGUUUUUUCCCCCUUUUCUCUGUGGGCAACUUGGGGAGGAGGGAGAGGUCACGAUGUCCGCCCCCAGGAAAGGCUUCUACCGAGAGGAGAUCACCAAAACCGUCUGGGAAGUGAGGGAGCGCUACCGAGAGCUGCAGGCGGUGGGCUCCGGAGCUUACGGCGCCGUCUGCUAUUGACCAGAAAAAUGGAAGCAAGGUGGCUAUCAAGAAAUUGUACCGCCCAUUUCAAUCAGAGCUUUUUGCCAAGCGAGCCUAUCGGGAACUACGCCUUCUGAAGCACAUGAAGCAUGAAAAUGUAAUUGGGCUUCUAGAUGUCUUCACACCAGAUCCUUCACUGGAUAAAUUUAAUGACUUCUACCUUGUCAUGCCAUUUAUGGGAACAGACUUAAGUAAAAUAAUGAAGCAUGAAAAACUAACUGAAGAUAGGAUCCAGUUCCUGGUCUACCAGAUGUUAAAGGGCCUAAAGUAUAUCCAUUCAUCUGGCAUAAUUCAUAGAGAUUUAAAACCUGGAAACCUAGCGGUUAAUGAAGACUGUGAGUUGAAGAUUUUAGAUUUUGGGCUGGCAAGACAUACAGAUAGUGAGAUGACUGGCUAUGUGGUUACUAGGUGGUAUCGAGCCCCAGAAGUUAUACUUAAUUGGAUGCAUUAUACACAAACAGUGGAUAUCUGGUCAGUGGGGUGUAUAAUGGCUGAGAUGGUAACAGGAAGGCCCCUUUUCAAGGGCAAUGAUCAUCUGGACCAGCUUACAGAAAUUAUGAAAGUUACAGGCACACCAGCUCAGGAUUUUGUUCAGAAACUACAAAGCCAAGAUGCAAAAAAUUAUAUCAAAAGCCUUCCACAAGUACAGAAAAAAGAUUUUGCUGCCAUUUUGAAAAAUGUAAACCCUUUAGCUGUAAACCUGUUGGAAAAGAUGCUGGUGUUAGACCCAGAGAAGAGAAUAACAGCAAGUGAAGCUUUGGCACAUUCUUAUUUCGAAACCAUUCAUGAUCCCGAAGAGGAAAACAAAGCAGAGAAAUAUGAUGACACUUUUGACAACAUGGAUAUGCCCCUGGAUGAAUGGAAGUGUAUCACAUAUAAAGAAGUUGUAAACUUUAAGCCACUUCAGUUGUCUGAGUCAAAAGAAACAGUAGUAUAACCUCAAGUUGUGUGUUUGUUUAAAAACUGAGUAAAUAAAAGACUGUAAAUGUUAUGUAAAUGUAUAUGUAUAUAUGUAUAUAAUUAUAUAAAUCUUUUAUAUAUAAAUGAGAUGUAACCAUUUUAAUAUGAAUUUUGAAGCCAUUGGGCUCAAAACUUUUUAUAUCGUAAAUUACAGCAGUCCCUCUUUAAAAGACCCUUAGUUCUAUUAUAAGAGAAACAAAACUUUUUUUCCUAAGAUGGAUCAUCUCUAUUACGAUAUUUUUCAAGGUAUGCUUCAAUUACAGGUAGUACUCGACUUACGGCCACAAUUAGAAUCAGAAUUUCCAUCAUAAAUCAUUGUGAUUGUAAGUUAAAUCAAAUCUGAUUUUAUGAUAAUUUUUACAGCCAUCAUUAAGUGAAUCAACACAAUUGUUAAGUGAAUCACACGAUCAGUAAGCAAAUCCAGCUUUCUCAAUGGACAUUUUUUGCCUGAAAUUGGCAAACACAAAUUGUGAUCACGUGACUGCAGGGUGCUGCAGUCAGUCGUAAAUGUGAGCCAAUUGUGCAGGGAUGAUGCAACAGUCAUAAGUGAAAGUACAGAUUGUAAAUUGCUUUUUCCAAGGCUGCUGUAACCUUGAACCAUCAUUAAAUGGUCAUAAGUUGAGGACUGCCUGUAUUUAACAUAUACUGGGUCCAUGCACACUUGUUGAGAACCAGUUACCUAUAUUUUAAAUAUUUGUUUGGAAGCUAGUGCCUUUAUAAAUGAGAUUAUAUGAUUAUGUGAAUGUUUCAUUCUGCCUCAUGACCACCUCUAGAUUCUGCAGUCCCUUCUCUUCCUUCUAGUGUAUAGUUUGUAUUUGAAAACUAUAGCAGUUUCCUUCACUGUGUGCUCUCAGCUAAUUAGAAGAUAACUCAUAAUGUGCGUAUUGAGCAUCAGAGUUGCAACUAGCAAUAUGGACCUUAUGAAAAUGGGAAAUUUACAUUCGAGUUCCUGAAUCUUACGAUGGCCCAAAGCUCCUCAACCAGCUCAUCAAACAGAGAUUAUCUGAAAUAUUAUAAUCUAAUUGCCAAACAAUUACUGAGCAUGUUUAUGCUAGAGAUCUUUUGUAGAUCUUUUUCUACAAUGGAACUUUACAUACUUGAUUUCAAGGGAAAACAUUGGGUGGUCAGUUUUAUUUAGUCUAAAAAGAAGUACAUGACAAGUGAAGAGCCGAGGUGGCGCAGCAGUUAGAGUGCAGUACUGCAGGCCACUUUAGUUGACUGUGUUCAGCAGGUCAGCGGUUCAAAUCUCACCGGCUCAAGGUUGACUCAGCCUUCCAUCCU